AGCCAUCUGGGCAAUGUUCUGGUGGACAUGAAGCUGAUCGAUAUAAAGGACACUCUGCCUGUGGGUUUCAUCCCCAUCCAGGAGACUGUUGACACUCAGGAGCAGGCCUUCAGGAAGAGGCGGCUCUGCAUCAAAUUUAUUCCACGGGACUCCACAGAGGCAGCCAUCUGUGACAUCCGCAUCCUGGGACGCUCCAAGCAGGCCCCGCCUCAGUACACAUUUAUAGGAGAGCUCAACAACAUGGGAAUCUGGUAUCGCAUGGGGAACGUACCUCGGGCCCAGGACUCCGCACUUGCACCAACCACCAACAACAUUCAGAAUGUGAACUCCUCCUCCAGCUCAGCUCCAGCAGUUGCAGCAGCUUCUAUGCCCAAGUAUGUCUGCUCUAACAAUCUGUUUGUAUGUGUGUGACCUCACAAACAUUUAAUGUAUCCUCACUUUUCGAGCUAGCUUACAUGCAUCCUGCAUUUACAGACAUGGCUAAGAGACACUCUACUCCACUCGUAUAAAAGGAAAGAGGAUGUUCACUGUACUAAAAAACAUUGCCUAAAGGGAAAGGAAACAGAUCUAUCUUUAGACCACAGUGAAGUAGAAAAAGGAGACACUUUCAGACAGAAAAAAAAAGAAAAGUAGUGCUGUUGAAAAAAAGGAGGAAUGUUGUCUGCUGUAGAGUUAUGGUACAUUAAUUCUCGAAAUAUACAUUGUGUUCUUGAAACUACCAAGGUUGCAUGCCACAGUCACCAAUCCCAUUCGAACUGGCUCCAUGGGCAGAACUUCAUGUUAAAAUUUCAUGUGGUUUGAUGACAUGUACAUGUAAUACAGUGGGUUGCUGUAUGUUGAGCAUAAGAGGAAAUGUUAGUGAUUGAUUAGGGAAGUCCCAAUCAUGCUUUUUGCUCCAAAUCGCAAUCUGAUUUAUUUGAUAUUGAAUAUCUGCUGAAACUGAGCCCUGAUCAGAUACUUGUAUUUACCUGAAUAAUACCGCUGUUUAAAAAAUGACCAAUAAACCUGCUUUCUACUUUCUACAUACCUCAGGUACU